CAUUGGGCCUAGUUAAAAGGCCCAUAACCAAAUUUUGCGAAGCCUAAACUGAGUGAUGCUCUGCUGAGCUGAACGGAGGAGAAAUCAGAGGUGGUACUGAAAAUGGAGUGCGCGUGGAAGGGACGCGCGAAUCGAUGCUUGGGUCCAGCCAGAAGACGAUGCGGUGUCUGCGGAGCCGUUGCUUAUUGCUCUGCCUCUCACCAAAUUUCGCAUUGGAGCGAGCACAAAGAAGAAUGUGAAAGAUUAAAACAGCAUAUGAAGCACAUCGAUUCGUUGAAUGAAUUUCCUUUCACUUUUUCAAGUCAUGCUACAAUUGAGGUGUGCGAAAAGCGGGAAACAAGGUGUUCAUUAUUGAGAAAAUGGGGCAUUCAUCAAAAGGGAAUGUGGUUGUAUGAAUGCCAAUGUGGGAAAUCUGUUACAUCUUUUAACUGCAACAGUUUGAUGGAUUAUAGUUGGGAUCUUCCAGAUACCAUGUGCCCAUGUAACGAGACUGUUUCUUCUCCACCAACAAAACAUUUUAGUGAUUGGAAAGAGUACUAUGAAUGGAGGUGCAUCCCAUUAGAUUCACCUGUUGCUUUGCUUCUUCAUUGGCCUCUUACAAUCUACCACGCAAUCCAAACCGUUAUGGGAAACCAAAUUUCAGACACCAAUCAAAAGUUACAGAUACACUAUCUUGGUCCAGAGAAAGAACUUCUACAACUUGAUGUCUUUGCAGAGUUGCAUCCACUUUUUCCUGGUUUGGAUGUACACAUAGAGUUUAUUGGACCUGAAGUUCCACAAUGUAGGGAUGGUAAGAGUUUCACUCUUCGGAAAUAUCCACGUUGCAUUAGCGCAGACUGCAUUUGCAAAUCAACUGAGGAUGUUAGCUGGGGUGAACAGACAGUAUCUAUAAAACUUCGAAGAGGGUUUUAUCACGAUUGCUACAAAGAUAUAGUAAAGGAUUCAUUUCCUCAUUUGAUCAUUGCUCCAAAUGCUGGGAUUGCUGCAUAUUCAAGUUGGUUACCAACAAUUGAGCUAAUAAAGGAGAUAAAUGUCCCAGCAGUUUUUUCCGACUACUGCGAAGAAGCCUGCAAUCUCGGAGCUAAAUACAUAACCAACACAACCGGGAGACCCCUCUCGUUUCCGAUUCAUUUAAAUCCAUUCCGGCAGCCAAUGGUGGUUGAGGAUAGCGCUUUGUUUCUUCCUUGUUAUUCCAAUUGCUUCCUCUUUGGAAUGUGAUCGACUAAUCGUGUUGCCUAUUAUUGUCUCCAUCGUCUAUGUUUGAUAUUUACUGAAAUUAUAACUCAAAUUUUCCAUACAAUGAUGUAUAUUACAGUGAUAGUAUCACUUUUAUUGUAUUAAUUUCUAUAAAAUUUUAAAUAAUUUUUGGUAAUGAAGAUAAAAUUGAAGUACUUAAGAACA